AUGACCAAAGCUCCACACGCACACAAAUCCACCAUUUCGUUCCGAUUCCCAUUGUCGUCUGGGAGUCCGUCUCCUCCUUCCAUCCUACUAUUGUCACCCGAUCUGGCGCAUCAAAUCCAGCCCAGGACCUCUAAUCCCUACCUCGCCCUCCCGCCGCCUGAAGACGAGAUCCCCAACCUUGACAAGUUACCCUCCAAACAACCACCUUCACCCCCACCUACCACGCCUGCUUGUACCAUGUCAGGACAUCACUGCAUCACCCUUGCCGCCAAUCCCCCCUACUUUGAUGGGGACCCGUCCAAAUAUCUGGGCUUUGAUGAGACCAAGAUCCUCUUUGUCCUCUCCUACCUCCGUAACAAGACCGGCACGAGCUGCGCCGCCUCAAGAUGGGCAAUGAACUGGAAGCAGCACAACUUCGAUGGCUUCCAGGGGCUGAAGGCAGGGGUCACAUCAAAGAACUUCCUGGAGGAGCUUCAGAGGGCUUUUGGGGACUCCAAUGCGGAACAAGUCACUGCUGCUCGACUCAUGGCCCUGCACCAGAACAAACGAUCCUUUGCGGACUACAUCUCCGACUUCAAGAUGUUGGCUGUAGACGCAGGAUACAAUGUGGUCAAUACCACCAACAAAAAGGGCGAGUACAAGCAGGGGGACCAAGACAAUAUCCUCAUCGAGUUCCUGGAGCGCGGACUCAGUAGCGAGAUUGCUAGCCAUCUCUACAACACUGGUGUCCCUCUGCCCAAGGCCUAUGGGGCCUUCAAAGCCUGGUGUAUCAACAUCGAAGCCAAUGCUCUACGCGACCAGCCACGCAAGGCAUCUUACGGGCAUCCCACGCCACAACCACCCCCCUAA